AUGAGAAAAGGCAGAAAAAAGAAGAAAAAGGAGAAAGGAGGAGAAGAAAAAGAAGGAAAAGAAGAGCAUCGAUAUUCAGUGAUCCUCUGGGAAAUCAACCGACUUCUCAAAACAUCAUUGAUGCUUCUGACUGCGUCGUCGUCUUCUUCUGAAUGUGGAGGCGUCUUCUUCAUCCUUCCUGAGGUGUGGUUCUUUUCAGGAGAUGUCUUUCGACAGGGGCCCGCGACGACGACGACAACUACGGACUGUCAAUCUCCGUCAGCACUUCAUCCAUCUCGACGCUAA